AUGAAGAGACUGUUGUUCAAGAUUCUUCUUUUCUUGCUGUACAUUCUUGAAGCAGUGGGCAGAGCCGCAACGACCACAGUGCCUCCUGUCUUGUCCUGCGGUCCAGACAGUGUUCCCUACGCAGGAGAAUGCCUUUAUGUAUCCCGUCGUCACUCCAUGUGGCUGUAUGCCAAUCAUGUUGGCUGCAAUGAUCUACAAAACGGCGCUCAUCUAGUCACCAUAGUCGAUCAGGCCAUGAAUGAUUUCAUAGUAGAUAAAAUCACUGAAGACAUGUGGAUUGGGCUCCAUGACACACACCAGGAAGGCAGCUGGAGAUGGGUCGAUGACACCACCGUCAACUACACGAACUUCAAUUCAGGUGGCGGAACGGAUCAGCGAGGUGACGCCAGCUCUGGCAGCGCUGACGCUGCCGAAGCCUCGCUAGAAAACACGACAAACUGCGUAGUGUUACGCAAAGCCACCGGCAAAUGGAAAGCCGUAUCUUGUCAUUCGCCCGACGCCGCGUACCGCCCGGGGUACGGGUACGGUGCGAUCUGCGCGUUACCCCGUGGCGAGCCUUUGUGUCCGGACGGAGGGACCUUCUUCCGUGACCGGUGCUAUUGGUACAACAGGAGACCCAAGAACUGGGACGACGCCAGUAGGGAAUGUGAGGACCGGUUCGGGAACGGGGUGAAACUCGCCAUCGUUCGUGAUGCCGAGCUCAAUGCAUUUUUGUCCCGACACGUUCAUCCCGCCUUGUGGCUUGGACUGCGUUACAAUCACGGCGACGAUACAUGGCGAUGGGUGGAUGGACGCCCUCUGGAUCACAGUGGGUACGGGAGAUGGAGUGACGGAGAACUCGAAAACAUGCAAGACGGUCGAAACUGCGCAGUCCUGAACCACGACGAUGUGAACGGCGGAAACUGGUCGCGAAAAUCCUGCCGUGGGCGUGUACACUAUGUAUGUGCCUUGCAGACGUGCUACGACGGGCCAGGCGGGCGUUCUGGAGCAGGGAACGGCGACACGGAUUCACCAGACGAGGAACCAAACUGCAGGGACUUCGGAGACCAACUGAAAUGCUCCUGUGUUUCCAAUGCGCUCUGCAGAAUGAACGGCAAAUGUCGUUGCGAGGCGCUCUUCGACGGCAUGAAGUGCGACAAAGACGAGUUGACGGUAAUGAUCCACGCACCCAGACGCGUGGAACGCGGGGCCAGCGUCACCAUGCGCUGUCAGGUCAACCUGCCUUCCACCGACGUCACGGUAUUAUGGCGGAAGGUCAGCGGUACGGAGAUGCUCCCGGAGGGCAGGACCCGCUUGCAAGACCAACCUGAGGUAGGAGACUACGACCUCAUCAUUGAGAACCUACAGGAGAACGACACGGGGUCCUACGUGUGCGCUGCUACCACCGUGAUCGGGCAGAUCGGCGAAUCGGAGAUGGAUAGCACCUAUCUCCACGUAGCAGCGAUCUCCCACACUGUAACACCUGAAAAGAAAGUUUGA